CAAACACUUAAUCCUUCUAAGAAGGAGGGAUGUAUGAUGAUCAAGUGGUAAUAAUCGGGGCAGGGAUUUGCGGGUUAGCAACGGCCCUCGCUCUUCACAAGAAAGGGAUCAAAAGCGUAGUAAUGGAGAGAUCAGAAAGUCUGAGGAACGUCACUGGAGCAGCAAUCACAAUCCGACCAAACGGAUGGCGAGCUCUAGAUCAGCUUGGUGUCGCGAAUAUCCUCCGUCGCACCGCUGUCCCUUUUCAAAGGGAAAGAGUUGUAUCGCUUGAUGGGGAGAGACAACAAGAAAUCUCAUUGUACCAUUGUGUUGGCGAAACACGUUGCUUGCGAAGGAAGGAUAUUAUAGACACUCUUUAUGCUGCGCUUCCAACGGCCACUGUCAAGUUCGGUUGCCAACUUGAAUCUAUAAAAUUAGACCCACACACUACUAAACCAAUUCUUAGGUUCAUCGAUGGAAGCUCAAUUAUUGCAAAGGUUGUAAUUGGUUGUGAUGGUGACAAAUCGAUAGUUGCUGAUUUUCUUAACCUCAAACGUAUAAAGACGUUUCCUUUAUGUGAAGUUAGAGGCUUAACAAACUACCCCUAUGGUCACUCCUUCGCUCAUGAGUUCACUAGUUUCAAGAAAGACAACAUACUUGUUGGUAGAAUCCCCAUUGACAAUAAACUGGUUUACUGGUUUUGUACACAACAGUACAUUCUUAAAGAUGAGAGAAUUUGGAAAGAUCCAAAGGUAAUACAACACAACACCCUAGAGUUGCUAAGCAAUUAUCCCCAAGGAAUUCAAGAAAUGAUUAAAACCACCGAGACAAAGUCGUUGUCUUUUAAACGCUUAAGAUAUCGUGCGCCAUGGGACUUGAUAACGGGCACAUUUUCUAGAGGAACAGUGAUAGUUGCUGGUGAUGCUAAGCAUGUCAUGGGUCCGUUUUUGGGGCAAGGUGGUUCAGCAGCACUAGAAGAUGCGGUUGUGUUGGCUAGAAAUAUGGCUCAACUGGGUUUGGACCAUGUUGGGGACGCUUUUAAUCUGUUUGUAAGACAACGAAGGAUCCGAGUGAUUCGAGUGUCAUUGCAAACAUACCUCAUUGGCAUGCUAUCGAGUAAUCCGUCACGUCUAAAGAAGUUUAUAUGUAUUUUGUUAAUGAUUAUUCUCUUUCGAAACCAGAAGAGUCAUAUGGAUUAUGAUUGUGGUGCUCUUUGAUCCGUUCAAAAAUCUUUAUAAACAUGGUUAUAUCUAAGAUUGGUGCAUAGAUGUAAACGCGAAUAAGUUGUGUAAUAUAAUUAUAGGUUUGAACUUUGAUGA